AUGGCAGAUCAAGAAACUCAAAAAAUCCAUCAAGCCGUACUACUCAAAGAGAUAUAUGUUGAGUUCAAUCCAGAAGCAUGUACUCACAAAAUGGAAGCAGAAACAAAUGAAAUCAGUGUAGUCUUCGACGAAAGAUGUGGCUCAAAUUGGAGAUCAAAAGCUGAAUAUCGGUAUGGUACGUUCGGAGCUAAAAUCAAGUGCCCCACUGGCGACACAACUGGUUUGAACUUCAAUUUUCGUGUUGCUUCACCUAUGCAUUAUAGACCUAUACAUUCGAUCGGUUUCAACUUUUUAGGUAAUAAUAAGAGAAGUAUUCGAACUAAUGCAUAUGUUACUGCGACUGACAAUAGUCGAGAACAAGUUCAUGAAUUAGGAUUUGAUUGCAGUGAAGGAUUUCACAAUUACGAAAUCAAAUGGUCUAAAGAUUUGAUUGAAUGGUUAAUUGAUGGCAAAGUCAUUAGAAGAUAUGCGAGAGAAGAGAAUCCAAACAAGUUUCCAAGAAAAGUCAUGUCUUUGCGUGGGAUGGUGUGGAAUGCUAGUAGGGUGCAAGCGGGGAAAUGGGCUGGUUAUUAUACUGGUAAUGAUGUACCUUAUGUUUAUACCAUGAAGGAUGUUCGUGUUCCGUUAUUAACUGAAGUGCCUGAUUCUUCAGACGAUUCCGAAGAGGAAUGGAUGGUUUAUAAGUUGCUGGAGGAUUAA